UGACAUCAGCACGCUGGAGAGGAAGGAUGACGCCGCACGAACCACAGGUAGAGCGUGCAGGGCUCCUAGUUCGAGCUCUGUCCGCUGAGCCAGAAAAGCACCUGUGGGGCAACCGCGACCCCCGGCUUUGUCCCGAGCGGAGCAUGGAGCUAGCCGGGGCGGGCGGCUGAGCUCGGCAGCGCGACGGAUUCCGGGAGAACAGCCGCCCCUGGAGGAGUCGGGGUCAGGGUCCUGGCGGGCCCGGGGGCAGCGAUGAAGCGGAGGCGUCCUCCCGUCUUGGCCGCGCUGCUGCUGCCUCUGUUGCUGCUCUUCGGGGCAGUCCCCCACGCCUGCCCGCAGGAGGAGGCCCCCACCGACUGGAGGGCCACGCUCAAGACCAUCCGCAACGGUGUGCACCGCAUAGACACGUACCUGAACGCGGCUCUGGACCUGCUGGGUGGCGAGGACGGCCUGUGCCAGUACAAGUGCGCGGACGGAUCUAAGCCUGUCCCUCGCUAUGGAUAUAAACCCUCACCUCCCAAUGGAUGUGGUUCUCCGGUGUUUGGUGUUCAUCUUAACGUCGGCAUCCCUUCGGUGACACGGUGCUGCAAUCAUCAUGACCGAUGCUACGAGACCUGUGGCAGCACCAAGAACGACUGCGAUGAGCAGUUUCAUUAUUGCCUCUCCAAGAUCUGCCGAGAAGUACAGAAAACGCUGGGCUUGGCCCACAGUGUGCAAGCAUGUGAAUCGGCGAUGGAGCUCUUAUUUGAUGGUGUUAUACACUUAGGCUGUAAGCCAUACCUGGACAGCCAGAGAGCCGCCUGUAAAUGCCGCUAUGAAGAGAAAACUGACCUUUAGAGGCCUCUGACCGCAGGUGAAGAGGAGCCUGCUGCAGACUGAGCGCCUGCAGGCCAGGGCCAGGCAAAACCUGCUCUUUGUGGGUGGCUUUGAAAAGAACUAAAGGUUUGCUUUGCCAUUGAAGCCUCAGCUGUUUGAGGUGAGGCCCCGUGGUCCAGUAGGAGGAGUCCUGAAGGUAUUGGCCAUCUGGGUGGCUGAGGGCAAGUGUCCUCUCCUUCCCAGCCUUGUUUUCCUCGCCUUCAAACAAGGAUAGGCUUGACAGUGCCUUCUUCAUGGGCUUUUUGGGAGGAAAAUGCUUUAUGAACCUUAAAGCACUGUGUACAUGUGAGCUCUUUUUACACACAUCCCCUCGGAUCUGAACAAACUCCCGUAAAAUGUAUUCCUGUUCUUUCAUAUGUAUUCCUGGGAUAUUGCCUUAUUGUGCCAAAACACUGUGACUAACGGCGAGAGAGCCUGGGUAGUAAUAGAAACUUUGGAGAGACAGAAAGCCAUACCUGCAGAAUGUUUUAUGCCUCUCUUUUCCUCCCCUCUUAAAAAAGUAGGUCAAGUUUAAAAGCUCAAUAUUCGUUCAGCUGGAGAAGGGAGAAAAACCUGGCUUUAGGAAAAGGAUCCAUUUACUAUAAGUAACCUUAAACCUUUGCACUUUGGUACAUUGAAGGAUUGAAAUUUAGUGGGCUUUUUGUUCUUUUGUUUUUUGUUUACUUUUGCUAAAUGUAUAGCAUCUGUUCCUUUUGCAGUGCGUUUAAACCAUGCCAUAGUAAGAGCACAUUCAGCCUCAGGGACAAAGUUAUCAUGUAUCUAGUGUGUAUCUGCUUCUCUUGUCAGAUAGAAAGUGUAAACAGGGACACCUUUAGGAGCAUUAACCAAAAGGCCAGGCCUUAUCUGAUGCCCAGGGAUGCAAACAAGAAUAACCCUUUUGAUUUGACAAGAACUUGAAGCACAGCCACGCACAUCUGUUGGACUGCAUCUUUUCAGGGUGUUCAAUGUGAAUGUAUAUUUUUCUAAGCACCCAUGUUGCUAAGAUAGGUAGCUGGGAGAAAGAAUGGAUUCUGGUGAGUUUAAUGAUUAAGUUGCUUGUGAUAACAUUAUAACUGUUUGUCUUGGGUUUUUGAUUCUUCUGCACUUAUUUCUGUUCAUAUUUCUUGGUUUUCUUUUUAAGUCAUAAAUUCAAACUAAUCUUAGUAAUAAAAAUAUGUUUUGCCAUUUGGAUAA